AUGGCCGAAGUCGCGUCUCCGCGCGUCGAUCCCAACGCUAUCACAACCGCGCCCGACCAUGAUGCAUUCACGCUCGUGCCCGUCAUUUCAGAGUUGCUGAGGACGCGGUACUGCGCUCCAGGUACCAUUUUUCUCGUGGAAGGCAUCGAAAUUAUCCCGGUGUCAAAGACGGGCCGCUGGCAGGCUGUCCGGCUUCUCCUAGGCGAUGGUGAUUUGUGCGUGCAAGCGCUGCUCAGCGCCGACUGUCACCGGUUCGUGGAAACAGGCGAAGUCUCGACGGGCUUUUACAUCAAGCUGGAGCAGUUCGACCUGCAAUGGGAGGCAAUGGACCCCGAAGAUGGUACCGCCGGCGGCAAGAUGGAUCAGAAAAUGGUCUUUCUCGCAUUGCACGAUCUAACCACCAUUGGAUGGAACGACGCCUAUCGUGCCAUGGCCAAGCAACAUAGAGACGAAUCAGAGACUCACGAUGAGCGUACAUCAGCAAAAAACGAUAAAGGCAAGGAGAAGGCGAUACCAGGAGAGGCCCGGUCACCGCCGCCCAUGCUUCAUACCAGGAUGGAGGAAGAGUCGGCAUCGGUCAGGUUGCCGCCGUCGUCGUCGGGCUACGGGGAUGAAAUCGACAUGGAUGACGCCUUCGAGGACAUGGAAAGGAUUGUGUUUCCGAACGCGAAAAAACGAAGCACGCCAAAGGCCGCUACUUCAUCGCGCGCACGGGGGCCAGUGGCGCUUCCUCGAGACUGGGUCGAUCGCCAGGUGCCGUUGAAGCUCACCACGCUCCAUUCGAUUCCAUCGCUGCCGUACGCGCAAAACUGGACAUGCAAUAUCCUUGCCAUUAUUACCUCGCUGUCGCCGGUAGAGGCUUCCUAUCUGCCACCGUACAAGCAGCGAACGGCGCGGCUGGCCGACCCUUCGACGGCCAAGCAGGUACACUUGACCGUGUUUCUGGACCCUGAGUCGUUUACCCCUCCCAUUGGCAGCGCGGUUCUUCUCACAGGGGUAAAGAAUCAUCGCUUUGACGGCGGCAGCCUGAAAAAGUAUGCGAGUGAUGGCGGAAAGGGAGGGGAAUGGUGGUUUGAGGACCCAGUUGACCUGACGUGGCUGUUCAUGGAACUGCAAGGGCUGGACACGCGCGCGCGGCAGCAGGUCAUCGAUGGCUUCCUCGGCAGCCUGUCGUCGUGGGACCUCGUCUAUCUCCGGCGGCGCAUGCACGCACACGAGGCGCGGAUCCGGCUCGCCGCGCUCGAGGACCUGCCCGCCGAAAUCAUCAUCUACAUUGCGCAGUUUCUCGAGCUCGAGGACCUGCUCGCCUGCGCCCACGUGUGCCGCCACUGGCACGCCGCAUGGACCUUUGGCGCCGUCACCGCCUCGCUCUGCUGCCGCUACUUUGCCGGCCUGACCGAGAGCCACGGCCUGGCGCACGCCGCCGGCCACGACCUCUUUUCCGCCCGCGCCCGCCGGUACAUUGGCAAGUACCUGCGGCCCUGGCCGAACGCGUACUUGUCGACGCGCUGGUUCGUCGGCGCCAACAACGAGCCCCAGCGCAGCGAGGAUAUGCGCGAGGACGCCUUUCACCGAUCCGAGUGUCUCGACUUUGGGCUCGACAGCCCCCCCAUGUGCUACGGGGAUGGCCUGCUGGCGUGGCAGCCCGAGGACAGCUACGCCGUCAUCAAUGACUUGAAGAGCCUCACCCGUACUAGAUGCAGUUUCGGGGCGAGCCUUGUAGCGGGCCGCAAGCUGGACCUUCAGGCCGUAACAAGGCAGCUGGUCGUUUUCAGCUCCAUCGACUUGAGUGCGGGCAGUCAGAAGAUGAACAGCCACGGGCUCUACAUGCUCGGCGUAGCCCAAACCUGUCUCCACUACCACGGGAACAAGAGCACGCUGGCCGAGUCAAACUGGCAGCUCGUGUGCUUCAACGUGCUCACUGAGUCGUUUGCGCACAGGACCUACGAAAAGUGCCUGACCAGCCCCAAGUUCCAUCGCCCGACCUGGGACUGGGCCGACUGGCGCGAUAUCCAGGCGUGGGACGACUACCUGUUGGUGCUGUGGCAGCCGCGGCCGCACGUCAUCCACGAGCCCUGCACCUUUAGCGAGCUCCUCCUCGCCACAGACAACAUUGCCUGCAUCGCGAGCUCCCAGGAAGCCUUUGCCGGUUAUGUGCGCCCGCGGCGUCUCGAGCCCGCGCUUACAAUUGACACCUUUCACCAGCGCCGGUCCGGCGUCGCGCACCACGUCUUCAUGGACGACGACUUUGUCGUCUAUGCGGCGCCUGACUCGGUCCUCGUCUCCUCCUUCAAGGGCAGCAGCGAUCUCGUGCUCCCGCCCCCCAUAGAGGGCAGCCCAAUCACCGCCUUCGCCAGCCUGCCCACGCCCCGGCGAGUGGCGCCGCCCCGUCCUGCGCCGGCGUGGGACUGCGAAGUCUAUACGACGCUCGGAGCACCGCAUGGUCUUCCUAUCCGCUUUAAGGUCAGUGCUCCCGCCGACCAAUUUACUCUGGCGUCAGGCGUCGAAGGCGCGCAGGCUGCUCCCAACACGGCGGGCUCCAUUGGCAUGAACGUGCUGCUGCACGGCGACGGCGGGCAGUCCUUCUUUGACUUUCCCAACCAGGGCGUCAACUCAAACCUUAUGGGCGUGGCGGUACUCGCGCCAGACAAGGACCUGAAAUGGGGCAGCGGCAAUCGCAACGGGGUGGAACGGCCCAACGGCGUGGCGCACUCGCAGGCCGUCAACGACCUCAUCAAGCAGGAGCUGCCGCAAAUGGUGGCCUUCAACCAGUCCAAUGUCUUUUUCACCGGCGUCAGCGGCGGCUCGCUCACCCUCUCCGGCUUCUUCAUGCCCGCCUUUCUCGGAAACUACCCCAACGCGGGCGUGCUGCUCUCAUGCGGCGCGCUGGUGCCGCAGGUCGACUUUACAGACGAGUCGAAGGCAGCACUCAGCAACACGCGCAUCCACUUCCAGUCGACGCAAAAGGAGCUUGGAUCGCUGCAGAAGGAUAUUCCGGCGGCGAUCAAGGCGUACGAGCAGGAGGCGCUGGACCAGCGCCUUGACGUCGGCCAGAUUAAUGCCCUACAGACGGUGGAUAAUACGCCGAAUGCCGGACACUGCGCGUUUGACAAUAAGAAAUUUGUGAGCGGUGUGCAAACCAUGGCCAACAGCUUUGCGGAUAUUAUGCUCAAUGGCGGCAACGGGGAGUUGCAGGGCACGGGCAACGUGCUCAACGGGGUGGUUGGGAAUGAGGAUCUCAAGUUUGGCGAGCCAGAGCGCAAAUAG